AUGCAGCUCAUUGCAGACGGGAAAUUGAAAGAUGCUAUCACUACAGCAGCGAGGGAAGCCGCCGAUGAGGAAGUGAAACUCGCUCACGAGUUUGCCUCUCAACCAGAACAAGACAUCCGUAAGCGCCUUGAGAAGCAUCUGCCCGAAGAUCGAAUCAGGCUGAUUGAAAAGGCGCUCACCAUUCCAACAUUCCGCAUGGAAAUAAGCAAGAUGGACAAUGGUAAACAUCUGGUGCAGUUGACAAGAGAAGGAGAGGAGUUCCUACCAUCCAGGGAACUGGUAGCGAGUGCUGACAUCGUUUGGGCCACGAUUCUUCAGUACGCCAGUGUUGUGGUGGAGGCGGUGAUGCUUGUCAUGCAGGCAGUUGGGAUCGGAGUAUCUGUAAGCAGCAGCACCAUGAAAGCUACCAUUGAAGACACCGCGGAAGCAAUUAAGAAGUCUUCAGCAUUCCAGCAAGCGAUACAGAAGUUUGUCAGCUCGUGGAAAGCGGCGGGAGGCAGUGCAACUAACAAGGCUAAAGCCAUUUUCUUCCUCCUCAAAGAAACCUACGCAGCUGGAUUGUUGUGGACCAUCAUCAAGAGUUUGUGCAGAGAGAUGAAAUGGUACGACUGGUUGGAGACCGCAGCGAAGGUGAGCGCCAUGAUCAUAGCAGCCUUUGCCACAGAAGGAGCAGCGCUAAUAGCAAAGAUUGCUUUGACCGUUUUGGCUGCUGUCGAUUUC